CCACCGCAAAGCACUUAAUUCCGCAACCUCCCCAGCUCCGCAAACCACCGCAGCAGCACCACCACCAUCACCCAUUCCUCCCUGCCUCCCAUUACCUGCCGAACCCAAGUCAACACACCAGACCGAUUAACGCAAAUAUCAAAACCAAAAUGCCCCCCUCCAAGAACCCAUUAACCCUCAUAGUCGCCACAACGCCCAUCCCAACCCCCACCACCACCACCACAACGAUACAAAAUGCGGCAGCAGCAGCAGCAGCACCCACCCUACGCCUCGGUAUCGGGCUGAACGGUACCCUCCCCUGGCCACGCAUAAAGACCGACAUGAGCUUCUUCGCGCGCAUCACCUCGCGCCCACCCGCGUCCCACACCACCAAUGCCAUCCUCAUGGGCCGGAAGACCUACGACUCGAUCCCGGCAACACUGCGGCCGCUCGUGAAGCGGGUGAAUACUGUGGUCACGAGGUCGGUAGAUGAUGUUCGACAGAGAGUGGAGGGGGAUUUGCAACGGAGGCGGGAGAAGGAGGAAGCGAAGAAGAGGGAGGAGGAGGAGAAGGAGGAGAAAAAGAAGGAGGGGGUGCAGGGUCAGGCUUUAGGAUUGGGGCAGGUGCAAUCCUCACCGGGUCAAGGGCAGACUCAAGGUCAAACAGACGCGGUGGUCUGUGCCGGGUUGGAGGAAGCGAUCGAGACACUGGAGGCUACACACGGGAAGGAAGGCCGGCUGGGGCAGAUGUUUGUUAUCGGCGGGGCGGAGAUCUAUGCGGCGGCGUUGGCAACCCAGAAAACCCGCGCGGUAAGGAUCGUGAUGACUUUCGUCGAGAAACUCGCCUAUGAGCAGGAUCGCACGCAGGUGUUUGAGUGUGAUACGUUCUUCCCCGUGGAUCAGGAGCUGCUCAAUGAAACAAACGGGUGGAAGAGGGUGAGUGCGCAGGAGGUGUCGGAGUGGGUUGGGGAGACGGUCACCGGGGAGUGGAUUGUGGACGGGGAGGUGAGGGUGAAGAUGGUUGGGUAUGAGCGAACCAAUUAAGCUCGCUCGGUGGGUUGUAGUCUGGUGGAUGUAGCAUGUACACUCUAGUACAGUACAAUUUUAUGCAGAAUCCCAGAACAAAUCAUAACGCGUAAUGCGAUCCAGCAACCCCAGAGAUCACUCGUUCUGCUUCAUAAACUUCACGAACGCUUUCUUAUGUACCAGGCCGGCAUAUUGCCCAUCGUGCAGAACACACAGAUAGCGCAGGCCCAGCUUUGCAAAGCAUUGAUACACAAGAUCAAUA